GCAAAAAGCUGGGAAGAAGGGAUUGCUUAGUGCACAGCAGUCACACACACAACACUCACACACACAACACGCCCCCACCGAGCACGUGCCUGAGCCUGGAGAGCAGCUCUUUAAAAGGCUGCUCCGAGCAGAGAAGAUGUUUGGUUUUCACAAGCCAAAGAUGUACCGGAGUAUAGAAGGCUGUUGCAUCUGCAGAGCUAAGUCGUCUAGUUCCCGUUUCACCGACAGUAAACGCUACGAGAAGGAUUUCCAGAGUUGCUUUGGGUUGCAUGAGACUCGAGCAGGAGACAUCUGUAACGCAUGUGUGCUUCUGGUGAAAAGAUGGAAAAAGCUGCCAGCGGGAUCAAAAAAAAACUGGAAUCAUGUGGUGGAUGCCCGGGCAGGGCCUAGUCUGAAGACGACACUGAAACCAAAGAAAGUGAAAACUCUCUCUGGAAGCAGAAUAAAAAGCAACCAGAUCAGCAAACUGCAAAAAGAAUUCAAACGCCACAAUUCGGAUGCUCACAGCACCACCUCAAGUGCCUCUCCGGCUCAGUCCCCGUGCUACAGUAACCAGUCGGACGAUGGGUCUGACACAGAGAUGGCGUCGGGUGCCAGCAGAACACCGGUCUUCUCUUUCUUGGAUCUCACCUACUGGAAAAGACAAAAAGUGUGCUGUGGGAUUAUCUAUAAAGGGCGCUUUGGGGAAGUCCUCAUAGACACACACCUUUUUAAACCUUGCUGCAGCAAUAAGAAGGCAGCGGCUGAGAAACCAGAGGAGGAAUCACCAAAGGCCCUGCCCAUCGCCCCUCAAGAGGAGUGGUGAUGGUCCUUUGAAACUCUGGAAAGGCAACUCCGAGAGAAUCUGCUAAUCUGCCAAAAGACCGUCUCUAUAAUUGUUUGGGUUUUUUUCUACGGUUCUACAAACUCCCAAGCCAGCGUCUUGUCUUACGAAAAAGGAUUGUACAUACUAUUUAAGAUGCUAAGUAUUUCAUAGGGAAGCUGUAUGCUGCUGUAAAGUGCUCUUUAAGUCUUUUUUUUUACAGUCUUUUUCGAUUCGAUCUCCUAAUGAGUCAACCUUGGGAUUAUUGGGGGUGGGGGUGGAUUUGUUGUACGAUAGGUAGUUUAGUCUUCCUGUAUUGAGAAGCGGUGGUUGUUGCGUAUUGUUUCGUUUGGCCAGUAGCAAUUCUUUUCCCCCCUGGCAACAGAGAGUCGAUCGGAGCUCAGUGAGAGAAAUUUCCCCGUGCGGAUAUUUAAAAUGAAUUGUGAAACACGCCAGUCUUGCAAAGAUUCUGAGGGCCCGAACCCGUACUACUGACAUUUCGAAGCAAGAUCAAGUGUUUUAGCCUGCCGAGCAUCACAGGGGAAAAAGUUGCAAUUAUCCAGUGAGGAGUCAGUGGAAUUAAGGACGGGGGUAACACCACCCGAAAGUUGUGUUUUCUCAUGUUCUUCCUCAGAUCGAAGAGAGGGGUAAGAGGAAGCUGUUAAAUUGAAACCCCAGAUCUUGCUCGGAGGUCUUUAAGAAAAGACUUGAGCCUCCUGUCCUUCCUUCACCUUCUGCCAAGGUAGGGAACAUAGUGUAUCUACUGAUGGGCUGUAAAAGAAAUAGCAAACCCUCUUAGGGAAGCAAACUGCAAAUGUGCAGGGAGCAAAACAAAAACGUUUUAACGUUUCUUAGGCACAUUUUCCUGUGGGCUUUACAUGGAUGUAAAUAAUUUGUUCAUUCAGUCAUAUUUAUUGAGCGUUGACUGUGUGCAGAGCACUGUACU